AUGCGCGACGCAUGCAUCUCCAAAGAGACGAGAAAGAAGUACACCAGCAAUAUCAACGGCAUCAAGAAGCGGAUCAGAGAAGUGUAUGCGCUGACGCUGGAGGAUCGCAAUACAGCUAAAUUUUUCGAUGCCGAUGAUGAUCUAAACCUCACAGAGUUCACUCCAGCUUGCUUCGAGCAAAUUUUGGUGUACAAACGAAGUACAGCCAAAUCGGCGACUCUAAGCGGCUACCGCAGCGCGAUAAAGGAUCUGUAUCGAUUGAAACGAGUAGCGCUGCCUGUGGAAUACGGAGAUGACAUGAAGCAGUUUUUUUCUAGGUGCAAGCGACUCGAGGCCGAGCAAAACCAGUCUAGCUCUCCUAAACGCUCGGGCAAGCAGCCGCUGACUUUUUCGUUGUACAAGGAGCUGUGUUGGUCUACUCUUGAGCGCAACGAUGGGGGGUUCUCGCAUCUCUUUUUAACUACUCAGUGGAAUCUCAUGUGUCGAUCGGUAUCUGUUCAAACCCUCCAGACGCACCACUUUUGGCCAAAGAUGACGCUGGUGGGGCGAUAUUUUUUAAGACCAAGACCAAUCAGGAAGGUGCUGGCCCACGUGACCCCCGUCAUCUUUACGCAAACCCGUUUUCGCCAUCUACGUGUUGGGUGA